AACAGCAAAGAAGAAAAGUACCUGGCCGCACAGAAGACAGCUACCCCGAAACGCGGACUGAACAUACCUGUGACCGACGAGAGGGCCCCACGCACUUCUUUCCCACUCCCACCAGAGCAGAGUGAAGAGCUAGCUCUCCUCCGACUCCGAGCGCCGCCGUCGCCGCCGCCGCCGCCGGAGCUAGUGACCGAUGGACGGCUUCACGACCUCGCGCCCCGCCUCCUUCGUCCUCUGCGCCAUCCUCUCCUUUCUUAACCUCUUCGCCUUCCUCCUUGCCGUCGGCGCCGAGCGCCGACGCAGCACCGGGAAGGUGGUGCCGGACAAGUACGACGAGCGGUCCUACUGCCUCUACGACACCGACGCAUCCACGGUCUACGGCGUCGCCGCCUUCUUCGUGCUCCUGCUCCAGCAGGCGAUCGUCACCGCCGCCACGCGGUGCCUCUGCUUCGGUCCCGCGCUCUCCUCCCGCGGCUGCGCCGUCACCGCAUUCGUCCUAUCCUGGUUAACAUUCCUCGUUGCGGAAGCUUGCCUUAUAGGAGGAUCAGUGAGGAAUGCAACACACACCAAGUAUUUAGGCUACUACAUGAAGCAUGAUUUGGUCUCCUGUGCCGCGCUUCGCAAGGGAGUCUUUGCAGCUGCUGCUGCGAUGAUGGUCAUCAACCUCUUGGCGUCCCUAUUGUACUACUGGAGUUACUCGAAAGCCGCAACUGGCGGGUUCAUGAAGCACCAAAAUGAGGUUGGCGUGGGCAUGACUGAUUACGGUCUUGACAAGGGUGUUUCUGGGCCCUGAGUUGGCAUCUUGUUGCUGUGUGUGUGCACUAGGGGUCAUACCUACAAUCUACUUAUCUUUCAAGUGUCCUGUACCUGAAGCUCUGUUGUGGCUCGACACAGUGAAUGAUACCAGAAUUGUACUUUAAAUAUGCUCUAAUAUGUGUGAAGUCGGUGGUAAUGUUAUUGUAUAAUUCAUGAGUUUUCUGAAAAGUGUGGUAGCCUUAGCUGUCA